GCAGCCCGAGCGCGCCGGGGGACCUCAGUGGAGCGUCCUGUGCACGGCGUGAAGGCACCCGGGGGCCUCAUUCGCCUACCUGAUAUCUUCUACGCACUUGAGGACGAAGAAGGAGAUUUUUUUUGGGUGAUGCUCGGCGCGCCAUCUUGCUCCGAGCUGAGCAAAAUAAGUGUUGGUUUUUUUUCGCAGUUUUUGUGAAGUGUCCCAAGGGGGAGUCCACACUCCUUCCUGGCGUCUCGGCUGAGGGUCCUCGGCUGUCAUCCCGCACCCAAGAGAGGACCUCAAAGUUUGCAGCCACGAUGAUGUCCUACAUCAAACAACCGCAUUACACCAUGAACGGCUUAAAUUUGCCCGGCCCUGGCAUGGAUAUGCUGCACACCACUGUUGCAUAUCCUUCCACACCCAGAAAGCAGCGGAGGGAGCGGACCACCUUCACCAGAACACAACUGGACAUCCUGGAGGCUCUGUUUUCCAAGACCCGCUACCCAGACAUCUUCAUGAGGGAGGAAGUAGCUCUCAAGAUCAACUUGCCAGAGUCACGUGUGCAGGUGUGGUUCAAAAACCGCCGUGCCAAGUGCCGCCAGCAGCAGCAGCAGAGCAAUGGCCAGUCUAAACCCCGCCCCCCAAAGAAGAAGGCCUCGCCGGUGCAGGAGCCCACCAUCCCAGAUCCCGUCCCCAACCCGUCCGGCUCAUUCAGCCCCUCGCCGGUCCAGGUAGGGCCCAGCCUGGCCCAGGGUUCCGGUGGCGGAAACACGGCCGUGUCCAUCUGGAGCCCGGCCAUCUCGCCCCUCCCUGAUCCCCUGGCCUCCUCCACCGCCCCCUGCAUGCAGAGGCCCUCACCAUACCCCAUGAGCUACGGCCAGCCGUCUGCCUACAGCCAAGGCUACGCCAGCACCACUUCUUACUUCACGGGUCUGGACUGCAGCGCCUACCUGUCCCCCAUGCACUCGCAGUUGUCGGGGACCGGGGGCGCCCUCAGCCCCAUCACCGUGCCCUCCAUGGGGGGCUCCCUCAGCCAGUCACCGGCCUCUCUUUCUUCACAGGGCUACAGCACCGCCUCCUCCUUGGGCUUCACCUCUGUUGACUGCCUGGACUACAAGGACCAGCAGGCCUGGAAACUGGGCUUCACCACAAUGGACUGCCUGGACCAUAAGGACCAAAACUCCUGGAAGUUCCAGGUCCUCUAGAGAAGCUACGCCUCUUGGCAUGCGUAUAUUGUUAGUUGCCAGGCGUGCGGCUUUCAUGUUUGUAUGAGUUUGAUGUUACUUUAAAAAGGCCGCCAUUUUAGAGGAGACGUUCACCUGAAUACAUUUGGACAACAAACGCCUUUCAAGAGUUUGUAGAAAAAGACUGCACAUAGAGACACAGCUCUAUGCUAUUUUAUUUAUUUUGACUUAUUUCUUUGGUUUGAUGUCAUUUGCUUGAUGUUCUUAAGCGUUUGUGUUCAGUACUACAGCCAGUGUUAGCAUUUAGCGGACCUUCUGUUUUAGCUGUGUGUCAUAUUAAAGCCAUUUAUUCUGGACACGUUUGUGCACUGAUAAUCCUUCAGAGAUUUAAAACCGUACAGUACACCCGGAGUGGUUAUGUGCUGAUAGACAAAAUAUUAGAUACAGUGCAACAUGUUCAACCAAAUACUGAUAUCGAUCCGAUACAAUAUCAGCACGAAUUAUACAUACGUUUUACUUAUUUUGUAGUGUGGAACGUUAGAAAAGGCUUGAUCAGGUGAUAUGUUGGAACUGCAUGCUGGUUUUAUUCAGAUAGUCUAAAAUGGACUGUAAAGGCUACUAAUUAGUUGUAUUUACACUUCUGAGUCUCAUUUGCAAGUACGAUAUGCACUCAUUUCAGUUUGUCAUAGGUGUGUUGCCAUAGUCAGGAAGUAGUUUUUGCCAUUAAGCUGAAUUUGCCAGUCUUUUGUUGAAAGUGUACAAUGUACUAUCGCCAAUGCUAAAUAGUAGCAUAUAGUACAGUAUAGUCAAUGUAAAUUAGCAUCGUGCUAAAGACAUUUCUCUUAUGCUGAAAUGUCACUGAGAAGUUUUUUUGAAUCUCAUGUAAGGUACAUACAUGACAAACUUUAUUUGUGUAUGUUCAGUUUUACACUGUUUUGAAGUUAGGACUCUUAAAAGGCUCUCAAAUGAAAGACAACCUGAAGAGACGUUAGCGGGAACAGAACAGACUGCUUUUAUCUGAGUUCUUAUAUCGGAGAUUUUAGAUAGAGCCUGAUAGAAUGCUGCAGGCUGUUUUUUUGCUGAUAUCAAACUGAUGUCAUUAUUGGUUGAAGUGCCCGCUUGUGUCGACGCGGUCGACCAUUUUUGCUGACAUAAAAUCUGAGACCCAAAGUGGUCUUUUCUAUGAAAGUCGACCAACACGUGGAGUCUAGGUCCCACGUGUUCUUUUUGUCACUAAAAAGGGCCCUUUUAAGUUGACUUAAUUAUUUUUUUUAAUGUUAUCUAUGGAUUUUAAGUUAACAAAACCUCAAUCUACGGUAGUAUCUACACCAAAUCACUAUACAUUGAAAAACGGUACCACUUCUAUUUUUGUAGUUCAAUUCUGGCGACUGAGCUGCCAUUUUAUUUUAAUCAUAAUAUGUACAGCUUUUUUUUGUUUUUGUUUUGUAGAUUGAAAAACAAUACCACUAUUAUUUGUAUGGUAAAAUUGUUGUUAUUGAGCUGCCGUUAUUUUUUUUUUUACCAUAAAAUUUACGGGUCGUUUAUACAGUGCAUUGUAAAAUGGUAAAACGUACCACUUUUAUUUUGACAAUAAAAUUCUGCCAAGUGAGCUGGCAGGUUGUUGUUUUUUUACUGUAAAAUUAAUGGUUGUUUUUACAGUGCACUGCUGUAAAUGGAAAAACGAUACCAAUGUUAUUUUUACUGUAAAAUUCUGAUGAUUGAGCUGGCAGUUUGUUUUUUAACCGUAGAAUCUACAAGUUGUUGUUUUUACAGUGCAUUUCUGUAAAUACAAAAACAGGACCACUUUUAUUUUUACAGUAAAAUUCUGGUGAUUGAACUGACUGUUUUUUACCGUAAAAACAAAUGUACAGUUGUUUGUUUUACAGCGAAUAACUGUAAAUACGAAAAAAAACCACCCUUUUAUCGCAUUUUUAAGGUGAAAUUCUGCCGAUUGAACUGUAUAUUUUUUUACUGACUUGUUCGAGCGCUUUUGUCAACAUAAACGGGCCUAUGUUGGUCCACACAUUUUAUGUCACAGAUUCCUCAACUAACAAAGGUUAAAAUGUUAUUUUUAAGAUUGUUCACCAGCGUAAGAAAGAUUAGCGCAAAUCAUGGUCGACGUUAUUUUACCGUUAUUAGCGCAAAUCAUUGUCAGAGUUAUUUUAUCGCUUAUGUUGACGCAGAUUAGUGGGAUGUUAAUUUAUUCUGCUGUAUAAAACUAAUUUGCUUUGUCAGCUAUAACACACAUGUUUUGUUCAUAUAGUUUAGCAUAUUUAUAGCAUAACAUUGGAUUGGUUUUACCAUUAUUAAAUGUGUUAAAAAAGGCCCCAACAUUUAGACUUGCUCGUACAGUUUGUGACAAAGAAGCGCUUCCAGAUUGAGGUGGACUUUAGUCAUAAGGCUGGCAUGGUGCUUCACUUGGUCCGUCUUGGUUAUUUUAGUUGAUCUCAUGCUGGUAGUGUCCCAAUCCUCUUAGCCUCCCUUCAGCAAUGCCCUAAGUGAAUUAGUUGGGAUUAUUGCCCUAUCUUCCACUCUUUCUGUCUCUCAUCCAUCCUUGUCACCCCCUCGCCUUCCUUUCUUGGCCGGGAUUUUUUUUCCUUCUCGUCUAUCUUUGGCUUUCCUUCAUGUCCCAUUUUAAUGUCCGUUCUUCUGAUUACAUGCUUGAUAUGUUAGCUGACUGCAAUCUCAUGCUUCCAUUCAUUUUUCAUUUAAUUUACCAUAUAUCAAGCCCAGUGGUUUGUCUACUUUCAGUCCUUUACAACAAUCCCAUACUGCGAGUCGUAAAAUUUGGUAAUCCCGGCAUGACCCCAUUACUGCCACGCAAUCAUCAAAUUCAUACAAGAACAUUUGCAGCAAGUGUGUGUGCUGUUGUGUGUUCCAUCCAUCCUUACAGUUUUAAUUGUUUGGAAAUAUUUCAUAUUAUUUGUUUAAAAGGCAUUGAUCUGUUGUUCAUUUAAAAUAUGACAUAUAUGGAGUAGCUGCAAACAGAUACUUGAUGUAACCUUGUGUUAUAUAUAAAUAAUAAAAGCAAUUUCUAUU